AUGCAUCUUAUGUACACUCUCGGUGCCGAUGGCAAGCGUAUUUAUACGCUGAAGAAGGUGAUUGGCGGCGAGGUCUCCAAGUCCGCUCACCCCGCCCGCUUCUCUCCCGAUGACAAAUACUCUCGUCAGCGUGUUACCCUGAAGAAGCGCUACGGCCUCCUCCUCACCCAGCUUACCGGUACGAUCUAUCUUCCCUCAGAAAUUCUCGCCGAAACCAAAAACUAA